CAAAAACCAAGUUCCCUAAUGCGACAAAUUCUGUGUUACUCAGAUUAUAUAUCUUGUACAACACCAAGAGGUCUUGUAGGUGUUCUUCCAAGAGGCCCAAUUAUUUUUGCAUUUAUGCUUUUUUCUGGGUCUGUAUCGGAUAAGGAGAUUACAGUAAAAAGCUUUUGCUAUGUGGUAAACUUCAGGAAGGGGACGGCAUAA